GAGCAUGAUCCUUGUGUGUUCUGGACAAGAGGGGUGCAUGGGUGAAACAUGGCCGCCGUAGACCCAUCGGAGUCUCCAACACGACAGAAAUCCCCUGCGGAGGAGGUGGAAACAUCUGGGGAGAAGACAGAGGCGGUGGAGUCCAGAUGCUGCUUAAAUCAGAAAGAUGAAACAACACGUAAUAAAACCGAGGAGAGCCCCGAAGAUGAGCAGAGAGCCAGUGUUUGUAACGAUGGCGGGGGUAUUGCCAGCCAUUCUGAGGUUAGUCUCGAGUCCGGUGCUGGAGCCGAAAAAACGACAAGCAAUUCACCGGAGGACCUAACAUCGGCUGAAAAAAUGGCCGAGGCUCGUGGCGGCGACCAGCGGGCUUUCGACUGGUCCGAAGCUGAAGACGACAACGAAGAGGCGAAAACACACAAGGAGGAAAAUGAUACGUGUGAACUCAGUGAUGUUACAGAGAGUGCUGGAGGGGUGCAGCAGGAUACACAUGUUGAUGAUAACAUUACAGCUGAUACAGAGGAGAUUCAUGAGGAGGAAACGUCACAUCCUGAUGAGAAGAGCACAGAGAAGGGACUGGCUGAGGAGCCGGUGGGAGAAGUCUGUGGGAUAGAGGAGGUGAUUGAAGAUGAUGAAGAGGCAGACCGAGAAGAGGACACUAAUUUGACAGCCAAGCCAAAAAAGUGCCGUUUGGUGUGCAAGGAGUGCGGGAUAAAGUUCACCCGCCGCGAGACAUUCAACCUUCACCGUCACUUUCACGCACAUGAGGAUGAGCUCACGCCUCUCACCUGUAAAGAAUGCGGCCUUACCUUUCAGCACCGCAGCAGCCUCAUUAAACACAGAAAUGAACAUAAAGAGAAGGAGGAACAACUUGUUACUCCAAAAAAGGAGAUGCAAACAAAGGAGGAGGGUCGUUUUAAAUGUGCAGAAUGUGAGAGAAUAUUCUCUGCUGUGGAUGAGCUGAGGGACCACAACUGCUGCAACACAGUAGAAAAGCCUUACCACUGCCCCCUGUGCCGCCAAGAGUUCCAGUUUAAGGUGUCCGUCACUAAGCACAUGAUGAUCCACUCCCAUGAGAGCAUCUUUAAAUGCCAAGAGUGCAGUCAAACUUUCACAAACAGCAUGGCCCUGCGCUACCACCAGCGAUGUCACACCGCCCUGAAACCCUAUGAAUGCCCCGAGUGCGGCUUGGUUUUCAAACACUACUCCGUCAUGGAAGACCACCGUCGCAAGCACGCUGGCAACACACGCUCUCACCUGUGCAACAUCUGCGGUAAGACCUUCAAGUACAGCAGCCUCCUCCAUCAGCAUCAGUAUCUGCACACAGGCCAGAAGCCCUUCCGCUGCCCUGAAUGUGGUAAAAAAUUUGCCUUUGCCCAGAACAUGAAGGCACACUGCCGCCAGCAUAGACUGCGCAAAACCAACUCCUCCGCUGAGCAGCCCAGCAAGCAGGCCCCUGCGUCCGUACAGGAGGCAGUUACAGGGCCGGGAAAAGAGAACACACACCAUAUGGAGGAGUCGAAACGCACAUUCGACUGCCCCCUUUGUCCCCAGACCUGCUUGGCACCAGCUAACCUGAGAGCCCACAUGCUUGUUCACGAGGCGGAGUAUGAGACGCUGGAGAGAACACCCAGACCCCCAAAGGAGAAUAACAAGCACUGGGAAAAAGGACACACCUGUCCGCACUGCGCAUGUGUUUAUCGGGAUGAAUCCAGUUUAAAUUUACAUGUGAUAAGUGUCCACAAGUCUGUAGCACAAUAUUUAAAAAAGGUGGCAACGCCACCUACAAAUCAAUUUACUCCAUUAAGCAGUGAUAAUGUACAGGGGAAAUUGAGAAGCGAUGGCAUAAGUAUUAAGUCGUACAAGUGUUCUGAAUGCGGAAAGACCUUCCGCCACCGGUCAGUGUUAGAGCUGCAUAUGCGCAUACAUUCUAAGGACAAGCCUUACCAGUGCAAAGUGUGUGGCAAGGGCUUUAGAUUCGGUAGCUACUUACAGCAACAUCUCAUCAUCCAUACAGGCAAGAAGCCAUACAAAUGCCCUGACUGUGGGAAGGACUUUGCCUUCCUGCAGAACAUGAAAACGCAUCAAAGGCUGCAUCAGGAAAAACCGUUCCGCUGCACCAGCUGCCGCAAAGGCUACAGCGACGAGACCCAACUGCAGCACCAUAUGUUAUCACACAAUGGCGACAAACGUCAUAAGUGUGACCAGUGCGAUAAGAGCUUUGGAUUGGCCUAUCUGCUCCGUGAUCACAUGAACACGCACACAGGAGAGAGGCCGCAUCGCUGUGAUGAGUGUCACAAAACCUUUUCUUGGUUUAGCAGCCUGUUAGUGCACCAGAAGAUCCAUGCUCGCAAACGCCAGGGUUUCAGCCAGUACAAUUCUUUCCCAAUGGGUGCUAGGAUGAGAGGCAGGGGCAUCAGGGGGAGGAGAGGGGGGAGGCUCAUGUGGGGCUUUUCUAAGCCAUUCGGAGGCUCUGGGAUGGUUAGCGCUCAGCCGUCUCCGUAUCCAGUUUCUGUACUGCGAGAUGCCGAUGCGCACAGAAGGGCGGCCCAGCCACAUUCGUCCGUGCUUGCACCUCGCAUGGAUUUACAAGGUAGACUGCAGAAGGAGCCGUGGCUGUCUGAGCUACACCCCCAACCGGUGCAGUGGAAGGUGGACGGUGGAGAGGUAAUGCCAGUCCCAUUGUCACAGCAGCAACAUGCUGCUCCACAGCAGACGCAGUUUGAGAGCCCACCACAGCCUGGCCCACAGCAGCACCAUCAGAGAAGUCCAGGCUGGGCAGAUAGCCCUUUAAUAGCUCAGUCAGUCCCCACUUCCGCUCCGAGUUCAGAGUCCUCACACAUGAAAGAGAGCGCAGCUACUAUUGUCAGCUCCCUCACGGCAGCUAUGCCAAUAAAAUCCAGUCCGUCAAUAAUGGGGCAGCUCUGUGGAGUGUCAGACCUGCUUUACAAGCAAAUUCACAGAUCUCUCCAAAUAAGCUCGGCCAAGAGCUUCAGCUGCCACGAUGGGCAGGUGGCCUAG